UGUUCGGCUAUGGCUGUCGUAUGUUUGUUGUAUCAAUUUGUAUGUCAAUUAUCAAUUAACCCUUGUUAAUAAUGGCCUGUUGAUUAUUAAAAAGCAGAGCUUGGUGAGAGAACUAUCGAUGUGCAGUGUUGCGUGCGUGCGACUGUGAAUCAUGGCGUCUGGCGGCGAGGAUCUUUGGCGCGAGUGCGCGUCUUGGCUCACGAGAUGUAACCUGCUGCGGCCCGAUCAUAAAGCGAAUUGGGCAACGAGUACUACACACGAUUUAGCGUAUACCCUUCGCGACGGGGUGCUGCUGUGCAGCCUGCUGAACGUGCUGCAGCCGGGAUGUAUAGACAUGAAGGAUGUGAACCAGCGUCCCCAGAUGGCACAGUUCCUGUGCAUGAGGAAUAUAAAGGUGUUCCUCCGAGCGUGCCACGAAGUGUUUGAGCUGCGAGAGACGGAUCUGUUUGACCCAUCCAUGUUGUUUGACUUGUCCAACUUCCACCGAGUUCUGUGCACACUGGCCAAGCUCAGCCAGUGUCCCAAAGCCUUGGCUAAAAAUAUUCAGCCAUUUUCUGCGAAAAGGACUCAAUCGGAAGAGGACAUAUAUAAAGAUUUACAAUCAGUUGCGGCCCUCACAAACGAAGUUCCACCGCCAUACGACGUGGUGGAAUACGAAGAACACACGGACACGAACGAAGUGCCAUGGAUACAGUUCACGAUACCCAGCGUCGCCUGCGAGGACCGAGUCGAGGAGAUAUACGAGGACCUCUGCUAUGUCAAGUUCACCUCCGAUAUGCCUGAGCUAGCGACGUCGUCGCAUAGUCUAGAGAAAAGGGACUACGUUAUAAGGGAACUGGUGGACACGGAAUGCAAUUACGUGGACGUGCUCAGUAAAAUAAUCAAAUACUUCCUGAGGCCGCUCACGCCAUACUUGAAGCCUCAGGAUAUGCAAGUCAUCUUUUUUGGUGUGAAGGAAUUACACGAAAUCCAUUCAGGAUUGCUAAGACAACUACGACUAGCCACGGAGAACUGUGUGCCGGGCAGUGGCGCGCCGCGACUGGCGGAUGUUUUCCUCACUUGGAGGGAAAGGCUACUGUUAUAUGGAGACUACUGCUCUAACCUUACCAACGCGCAAGAGACGCUAAAAGCAUUAGAUGCGAGGGAUUCCACGUUCAGCAAACAACUUGCAAAAUGUCAAAAGGAGCACAGCGACGGGCGCAUACAACUGCGGGACAUUCUGUCGGUGCCGAUGCAGCGCGUGCUCAAAUACCAUUUAUUACUGGACAAGCUUGUGCAUGAAACACAACCAAAUCAUGAAGAGUUCAGGGGAUUGGAGCGAGCGAAAGAGGCGAUGGUGGAUGUUGCUCAGUACAUCAAUGAGGUCAAACGAGACAGCGAGGUGCUAGCGUUGCUUGCUAAAGUGCAGGAGAGCAUAAUAGACUGGGACGGUGCCGCGUUAGGUGCGGGCGGCGCAGGCCUAGCAGCGUACGGCCGAUUACUCCUCGACGGCGAGCUAAAGGUCAAAGCACACGAGGACCAGAAGCUCCGCUCGCGAUACGUGUUCGUAUUCGACAAGCUCAUGCUGCUGUGCAAGCCCGUCAAGGUGAUCUACCCGACAGACAAUCAAUAUUCGUAUCGGACGGGUAUCCGACUGGCCGAGUACCGAGUAGAAGAAGGUUGUGGCAGAAGAACGUUACGCGGCGAUGCGAGGUGGACGUCACACUUCUACCUCGUGCGCCGAUCCAAAGACGCUACGUUUACUUUAUACGCACGCACGGAAGAUUGUCGGCGCAAGUGGCUCAAGACUAUUAAGGAGGCUAUAGACAACCUAGAACCGGCCGGAUGUCGGAGUACAAACCACAAGUUUAUAUUACACACGUUUGAGAAGCCGGCCACGUGUCAUCACUGUUCUAAAUUCCUCAAAGGUAGAAUAUUCCAGGGCUACCUCUGUUCAGUAUGCAACGCGUGCGCACACAAAGACUGCAUAGCACUGUCAGGUCGCUGCGGGGGAGGCACCGCGCCCGCGCCGCCCCUGCCGCCGCACGCACACCAACCCGACAACGCGCUACACUAUUACAUGUGGUAUGUGGGUGAGAUGGGUCGGGAAACAGCCACGGCGCGGUUGGAGAGGCGAGUGGACGGAACGUUUCUGCUGCGAGUGCGACCGCGAACCACGCAUUCUUUACCACCGCCUGCACACAACGAUACGCAAUACGCGCUCUCGCUCAAGACGGACAACACAGUAAAGCACAUGCGCGUUUGCCGGAAGCCCAUAGACCAGGUGCCGCACUACUUCCUUUCCGAGUCGCGCUUCUUCCGCAGCAUCGUCGAGCUGGUCUCUUAUUAUGAGAAGACUAGUUUAUCCGAGAACUUCGUCGGUUUAAACUCGAAUCUCCGCUGGCCGUUCAGACGAGUGGUAGCGACGGUGAUCCACGACUUUCGGCCGCUGGAGUCUUCACAGUUAGCGCUACGGCCUGGCGCAAAGCUACUCGUGCUCAGUAAAGAGGGUGACAGUCGGGGCUGGUGGAAAGGACGGACUCUCGAUAAGGGCGACAACCGGUCCGGCUACUUCCCCAAAGAAUGCGUGCGGGAGGAGCCCGAGUGUAUCGGCGCGCUGGACUGAUGUCAGCUCUGCCUCGCCGAGCGCGAGCUGCACUACCUGCCGCCGGGCGGCGCGCACGACGACGACUGCCCGGACGACCUCGUCUAACGACCGACGACGUUGAUCAACUAGUCGGUGGACUGGUGUACACUCCUCAAGGCGACCUCGUCGCAUAUGGAUAUUGUUUAACUAGUCGGUGGACUGGUUCACGCUAUUGAAAGAUCUCGCCUACGCACCGAGACAGUGCUAAACUGGUUGGUGGACUGGUUUACGUUCUUCAAGAGAAACAACCACAAACCGAAAAUGCCACACAAGCACAUUGUUCGACUAGUCAGUAGACUGGUUUACGCUCUUCAAGUUUGAUGAGAUCCUGGUAUUUCUAGCUGGAAUUGAAAUAACCAUUGAAUUUGGAUGAAAUGGGGCCCGGAAUUGGUCACACUAUGUAAUCUAACUCAACUAAAAAUUGGCAUUCAUCUAUCUGAACGACCUCUUCUAGAUACAACUCUCUCUUAGAGAGUCACACUACAUUGCUCAAUUAAUCUGUGGGCUGGUUUAUACUUCAGGAAUACCUCGUUUAAAUGCCACUCAUCAGGUCAACCACGUCGACAUAGCUCAUCUGAUCGGUUGCCUGGUGUGUAGACCUCACGUCGACCUCGUCUACACCAAGGGCGUCUCACAAGGAUAUUGCUCAACUGGUUGGCAGACUGGUUUAGACUUCAGGACGACGACCACGCGAGAUUUUGGUGAUUAAGGAGCAUCUAACACCGAUAUCAAAGAAAAUAUUAAAGACGUCAUUUUUAAGAGAUUACUACAUCAAACAUCUAUUGUCGAUGAUCUAAAUUGCUCUCCCGUCAUGAAUUUCAUAAUUAUUAGAUCUGUAAAUUUGAUGCAUGUGUAAUAGCUACACUGCACAAUCUUUGAGUGGUUUAACUGAUUACAGUGACUAAGAAACCAGUUCAAUUUGCUCAUAAAGUUAUGCAGUUUUAUGUAUUAGUCUUGGAGAAAGAAAGAUAAGAGGCUUUGUUUGCACAAUAAUUGGCAUCUUUGAGCCUAGAACAUAGUUGAAGAUAAUGUUGCUAUACGUAAUAAUAAUUCAAGACUUAUUCUUUGGCAAUGAGUUUAAGGACUACGAUAUGAUGUGUAAAGUUAUACGCGACCGAAAUAAUAAAUUUAGUAUUAGAAAAAAGUGGGACUAUGUUUUUAAGAAAAACUGUGUUAAGUGUUAAAUUAAAAUAUAGGAAAAAAUUGAUGAAAAACUAUUGUAUAGUUGUUAGGACGAAAAAGUGUUUUCUAUCGUGCUAAUUAAUAUUAAUAAUUGAAAUGCUUUAAAUAGGUAUUGUGCUUUACAAUGUUGAAAUGUAUGUCGAGUAUAACAAGGGAUGUUUUCUUGACGGCGAAUAAUGAAACGCUCCUUAAUAUUUGAGAGCAUCUUAGAUAUUAUAAAGGUUUUUCUAAUGGCGGCUUAUAAAGUUUAAGAACGCAUCGAUUUGGUGCUGAGAAUGUGGGUAUAUUAUUAUUUAAGGUAUCUUUAACUUUUAAGACGCGUUUCACUAUUCUGAGGUAAGGUCAUCAAUGGCUCGCGCAGCUCCGCUCCAGCAACAGAAGAGUCGUUUCUGAAAAUACAUUCAAAUGUAGACUUUAGAGUCAUUUCGUAAAGAUACAUUUUAUCAAUAACAACGCGAAAUAGUGUAACGAGUAUCGAUCUUUAUUCAAGAUGGCAAUUUCUAGAAGCGGUGUAGUGCAAGUAAAUGAUGACCAGUAGGCUUUACUACUAGGGAUAUAUAGUUGACCAUAAAAUUGCUUUACCAUUUAGUAACUAUUUUCAGCACAUCAAAAUUUUGCUAAAACUCAGCCUUUUAUCGGUCUUGUAAGCGAAAAUAGGCUUUGUAGUUUUACAAAGUGCAAACGACAAUCAACCUAACGGUGGUAAAACUAUUUUGUGGUCGAAAGUGUGAGUGCAAAAAUCAAUAGGAUCGCUUCAUCAUCGUGAGUUACCUCUUUGAAGCGAUCCUUUUGGUGGGUUAGGGCCAGCGUAGGGUGGAUCACUGCGGCAGCAUACUGUCUUGUUCUUGCAACUGGCAGCUGUAUUAACAACUCUAUUUUAAUUGGAUAAGGUCAAUAUUUAAAUAUCCUUAGAACUCGCGACAAAUACAAAUCUGUCUGAGCUGGUCCUUACACACAAGUCAUUACACAUCAAAAUGAAAAAGCAGCGUUAGAUUUUAUUGAAGAAAACCUCUCCAAAUUGCUAAUGCAAUACUAGAAAAAUUAUAAAAUAUACAUAGUAGAACUAGUUCAUAUCGAAUAUAUUUUAUUUAGAAAAUAUGAUUCAUAUAAAAAAUACAUACAUAUUAUAUUAUAUUGUUGAUGUUCUGAGAUGACACAUGAGUCAAAUGUAUAUUUAUUUUUGUGAAGUAUGUAAGUUAUUUUUUCAAGUCAUAGGAGAUAUUAUGUGGGUAGAUAGAAAUUGAACAAAUAUUAGUAGCAUAUCCUUAACAUAAAAUACAAUGCAAUUCACGUAUUAAUAAUGAGUUCCUCCUUAUCUUGCUCCUUAAAGCUGACCCAUCUAUACUCGAGGCACGAUACAGAAGAAUCGAUACAACGAAAGUGAUUUUGAAACGUGGCAAAGGAAACUGAACUUUAUCUUCACUACGUAACGUACAUAUUUGUGAGGAACGAUUCGUGCGUCUUCUUCGAUUCACUCAACACACACAUUAGGUAGUAAAGAUAAAUUACAUUUUUGAAAAAACCGUCGCUUCUCUUGGCCUCUGCUGCUGUUUAUCUUGAGCUCUAAGCAGCAGUUUUAAUGAAAAUAUUUAAAAAUUCAGCAGAUAAUUGUGCUACUUUGGUUGUACACAAAUCUACAUGCUAAAUAGUACUCUCUUUUUCACAAUAUUUGCUGAAGAAAAGGAUAGCAUUAUUUUUAAACUUAUUUAUAUACUUAAGGGCUUGUUUACAACCGAAUUAACAUCAAUAUCUAUAUAUUUAUAUAGUGUUAAUAAAAUGUUCAAAUGAAAUCUAAAAAUAAAUGAUUAUAAUAUAAUAAAAAUCCCUUUAGACAUUUUAAAAAGAUUGCUUCAAAUCCCAAUAAAUCUUAAUGUAACUAAAAUAAUAAAAUAAAUAAAAAUAUGUAUAUAAAAUUUUAAAAAAAAAUAUUUACCUCUUCUUGGUCCUACAGUUUUAAAAAGAUCGUCAAAUCCAUAUUAAAUGUUAAAUUCCUUGAUAGAUAGGUAUCUAGUAUAUGCAAUUUAAAAAAUUAGCAUUAGGUAGAUGGAUUACGAAAGUCCAUCUAUGUUGUGAAUAAACAUAUUAUUACAUAAUGAUAUUAUAUUUUAUUUUAGGUGAAGAACCAUACACGGAUCUUAAUCAAAGCAAAAUAAUAUACACUUUUAAGUAUUGUCUCGGGUACCUGUCUCUAAUAGUAGCUCUCUUAUAAUAUUGUUAAUUCCAUAUAUCCCCGAUGGCUUAUAAUAUUUUUACCAUUUUAUCGUACGGACACUGCCAAAGACGUAUACUCAACAUUCAAGAGCAUAAUUAUGACCGUUAUAAAACUAGUAAAAUUUACCAUUUUUAAAUAUAAAAGUUGUGAUCAUUCAUCGGCAUUAUGCGAUUUCAGAAAUUGUCUAAGAUUGAUUUUUCAAAUACAUAACCUGACCGAGGAAUAUGAGAAAUUUGACAAUUUUCCUACACGAUUUAUCAAAAAUCCCUCUGUUAAAGAUUAUUCGGCUCUUUAUUGCAUAGCAUAAAUAAAUAACUAACAUUCAAUGUAUAGUGAGAUCGAGUGCCAAACUAAUUCGUUUUUCAUCACUGUUAAUAAUUCUAGGAUUUCAAAAUAUGCCUAAUUUUUUUUUUUCAGUUAGAAUUUUAUGUAGGUAAAUAAAACCAUAUUUUUACACUUCAACAUGAUUUUGAUUUUGUAAACUCAUGUACUUUGUUUUACAUUCCAGCGUACCUACAUUUUUAAUUAAACAUUACAUUCUUUAAGCUUAAAAGUCUAUGAGAUAAUGAUCCCAGAAACCCCAGAACUAUUUCAAAAAUAAUUUCAUUUAACAUAGGUUAAUUCCAAAACGAAUAUUGGAAUAUUGUAAAUAAAACUGCUAACAAUAAUGCUACAGACAUACCUAAAGAAAGUAAAUUCAUAUUUUACUUUUUAUAAUUUUUAUUUUUAACAUUAAGCUAAGUCUCGACGUGUGUAGGUACUGAUUGACUUUAUAACAGUUCUUGUUCGUCGAACAUGUAUGAACGUGGAGACUCGGCUUUAUAAGCCCACCAAUUUAUCUAUAUAUCUAAAAUCAUUAAUAGCAAAUAAAAACUGUUUUACAUUCACAUAGAAAUCUGAAAUUGUGUCUUAAAUAUUGUAAAUAUUAAAGUAAAUGUUCACUGUUAACAUAAUUUUAAACGGAAACAAGUGUAUAUUGGUAAUUGACAGGCCAAACAUGAAUAUAAUAAUUUAAGGUGAAUGAAAUAUUCAUAAUUAUUACAAUUUUAAAUAAAUGUAUCAAAUUAUUGUAUCAUCAAUUGUAAUUUUGCUGGUUUUAACAUUCCUUACAUGAAUAUUUAUUAAAUUUAAUAAUUAUUUAUUACAAUUUGAAGAAAAUGUAUCACCAAUUGUAAGUUGCUCGCCCAGUUUUGACAGUCAACGCAUAAUAUAGUGAUAACAACGUUAUUAAAUAAAUAAAUAAAUAAAUAAAAGUUUAUUCGGCUCAACAAAAUCACAAAAAAUAAAAUAAAAAUACAAUUCAUACAAAUUAUCAACUAAACUACUUAAAACUAGAGAAUACUAAGACCAAUAUUGUGUCUGUGAGCUAAAACUGUUAUAUUCACAAAAAUUAUAAAUAUGAUAUCUUUAACAAUAUUUAAUAUUGUUACCGGUAUUAUAAUGACUUAAAAUGUUUAUUUACUUAGCUACUUUCUAACCAUUGCUUUAUUGCCUUUAAUAUGAAACUUUCAAUAGCAUAAUGAUUAAAUCAAUUUAUCAAAAGAUCUGAGUAAUUAUUUAACUCAUUAUAACAACACUGUAACAUAACAUGUCUAUAUUGUAGUAACAGUGUUAAUAUAAGUAAAAUGAUGAUACCAUAUAUUUUAUCAUGAUUAAGUUUUGAUUUUUAAGCGUGGGUGUGAGAAAAGCAUGGCAAUAAUACAUACAAUAAAUAAUCCAUAGUUAUAUUGCUAUUGUAAAUUGGUUUCUACCUCUAUUAUGCAUAGAGUAACAUAUACAAUGAUUGUUUCCUUCCAUUUACAAGUAUAUUUUUGAAAUAUAUCGAAAUUGACACCAAAAAGAGAUCAACUGUGUAGAGUAGCGAAUAAAGCCUGCUUCACAUUACAAUGAUUUGUAUAAAAUACUCAGACUAAUAAAAUAUGCCUCGUCUGUUUGAACGCUGCAUACUAAUAGCGCUAAUUUGAAACAUUUUUCACGUAAAGACGUCCAUAAUGAAUAUUUGUGCUUUUGUGCAAUAGCUUGCACAGUGCAAAUUUUGAUUGGUCGCGACAUAAAACAUAACACGUCUAUAGAAUACCUACGAGUGCAAUAGCCAAGAACUGCUUGUAAUGUGAACGUUUCUAUUGUUAUAACUUGAUUUAGUGUUGAUGUCAUACAAAAUACAAUGCGAUCAAAGUAAGAAAGUCCGUGGCCUUGAUCUGUCAACAGUCUUAAUCAUUCAGUUUCCAAGAAUUUUCACAUUGAAAUAAAAUAUACCUGAUAGCUAUCACAACAUGGCGGACAGCCGUUCCUAUUCUUAGUUUGAUCGCAAUGUAUUACAUAUUAUUAUAUAAUGAUUGUUGUGACAUAGAUGAAAAUUCUCUGUUAUCCUCUCACACCAGUGUACCACUUCAGUAAUAUUCCUUAUUAUGUAAUGUUGUAAAACAUCAUAACAAUAUAUAACUGUGUGUUGUAAAAUGUUAUACUUAGGACAGAUGUUAUAAGUAUAACGUUCUAAAACUCCUUUAGUGGGAGUAUUCUCCUCCACUUUAAAUAUAGUUUGGGCAUAAUGUUCUGAAUAUUGUGCUUUAAAUAUGUAGCUUUAAUGAAAUUGAAUUUUUUGUGGCGUAUUAUAAUAGUUCAAUGCAAUAUUUAAUGCAAUUAUUUUUUUAGAAGGUCUCUAGACGUCUAGAGAAACGCAUUAUAGAAAAGGAGGAAGGUAUAGAAAUUAUUACAUUGUGCGUUACGAAAGUUGGAAAACAAGGAAAAAUCAAUUAGGCGCCUUUUAUGUCUCGCAGUGCGAGCAGUGAAAAAGUUAGUAAUAAGAAACUUUUACUAUUUUACAGCUGGGGACCAUGGAAUCGCAUGUUAUUUGUGAAAAGGCAGCAUUGCAAUCAGCUUCAACUUUCGUGACGUAUCUACUUUAUUUUAUAAAACAAUACUUUAUUGUAAAUGUUAUUCUUUCGUGCCAGUUAAUUAUUUAGUAUUCAAUGAGUUUCCAAUGCACAAAGUUAUUGCUCAUGAUCUCUGUAAAUGUGCUAUAUGUAAAAAAUUAGUUUUAAAUAUUAUUUUGUGUUCAUAUUGUAUGCAAUUUUAUUUUACUGAGCCUGAUCUUUGGAACAAUUAAUGAAAUUCUAUUAUGUUAAUGAAUAAAUCACUGUAAAGCUUGAACUAACUAAGUUCUUUUGCACAUGGCAAUAUUUUCGCAUUCAGUCGAUGAAUUUUUGUGAUUCACAAUAAUUCAAUCUCAACAACAACAAUACAAACAAAAACAAUAUUCUCAUACCUUUCAGGCUAGUGCACGUGUUUGGGAAUGGAUUAUUGGUUAUUUUAUUUUGACUCGUGGACGAACAGGCAACUGAAGUCAUAUUUUCAAUACACAAAACUACAAGCAACGACGAAACCGAUAAACGCGGUCGAUACGGACUUGUGCAACACUAAAACUAUGACCGCGCGGGUGUGUCGGGCGUUCCCCCUGCACGACUCAUCGCAUACCCCGGUUGCCAUGUCGACCUGUCGCGAAUUAUAAUAGGUACAUGUGAAAAUGCCGCCAUAUGCAAAAGCCCUACAAUGUGAAUAUUUAUGUAGUCAAUACCUACAUUGAUAUUGUAUUAUUUUACUAUACGAUAAAGAAAAAACUCGAAAUAAUAUUGGUGCUAAGGUUAUUUUGCGUUCCAUGCGCUUUUUAUUAUAAUUCGUGUCAAUUAAAAAACGAAUUGAAAAUUGCGGCUAUUAUCAUUCCCUCUCACUUCACAAUACCUGUGUAUAAUGUGCAAGUGAGAGGGAAUGAUUAACGUCACCAUUUUCGAUUCGUUUCUUUAUUAGCACGUACAUAUGUAGAUGGACGCACUACUGCAGAUGUCGUAUGAAUGUAUUUUGAUAUUAUUUAUGUUCAUGUUUGUAAAUAAAUUAUAUAUUAUGUAAAUCAUACAGAAAUGGCAUAUCUCACUGUUCUGUAGUUAGGUAAGUGAGCCACCACAUUACAAUACAAACGUGGAAUCA